AUGAUCUUCACGCGCCUCUCUAUCAUUUCUGUUACUGUCUCCGCAUUCGUCGCCGCGUCAGCUCUGGACCUACCUUACCACGACUCAACCUACGACAUCGACAAGCGGGACCCCGCCGUCUUCCCACAGCACUCCCCAGGGAAUGGCUACGAGUACUACUCCUCAUACGAUUUUGGCUACGGGUACAUGACCACCGCGCAGUCAAGCCCGCAAAGUACGCGAGCGGCGACAGCGCAGGUCGCUGGAGUCACAGGUCGAAGCCAGGACCAUCCGCGCCCCCGAGCGAGGUUCCACUGA